AUGGCCAACCGAUCCGCCGUCAUCAACCCCGGCAUGGCUUCCACUCCAUCUAUCAGCCAGAGCAACAAAGCCGCUUCCACCGGCGCAGCAGCCAGUGGAAAUCUCGUGAAGCGCCUCCAAUCCGAACUCCUAACAACCAUGACCUCCCCAACACCCGGUAUCUCCGCCUUCCCCUCCGGCGCCGACAUCACCCACUGGAACGCCACCCUCUCGGGUCCAGAUGCUACUCCAUAUGCCGACCUCACCUUCAAGCUCACCCUUGCAUUCCCAUCCAACUACCCAUAUUCGCCACCAGAAGUACGGUUCAAGACGCCCAUCUACCACCCCAACGUCGACAUGGCUGGCAGGAUCUGCUUGGAUAUCUUGAAGGAAGGUGGUGCGGGGAGAGAGGGUGCAUGGAGUGCCGUGUUGAACACUGGAGCGGUACUGCUGAGCAUUCAGAGCUUAUUGGGAGAGCCGAACAACGCUUCACCACUAAAUGGAGAGGCUGCCACGCUCUGGGAUCGCGAUCAGGAGGAGUUCAAGAGAAAGGUCCUGGCGAGACACAAGCCUGUAGAGGAGCUGGAGGAUGACAACUAG